AUGAGAUUUUCUACUGCUUUAUCUGUCGCUUUGUUAGCCUUGGCCAAGAUGGUCGCCGCCGACUCUGAAGAAUUCGGUUUGCUAAGUAUCCGUUCUGGUUCCGACUUACAAUACUUGAGUGUUUACAGUGACAACGGCGCUUUGAAGCUAGGUGGUGGUAGCAACUCUUUAAGCGCUACUGUCACCGAUGACGGUAAGUUGAAAUUUGACGACGGCAAAUACGCUGUUGUCAGUGACGAUGGUUCCCUAAAGGAAGGUUCCGAAAGCGACGCUACUACAGGCUUCUCCAUCAAAAACAGCUACUUGAACUACAAGACUUCCUCUGGGUUCUAUGCUGUCAAAGAUGGUUCCUCUUACAUAUUCUCUUCCAAGCAAUCUAGCGACGCUACUGGUAUUGCCAUCAGACCUACCAGCAAAACCGGUUCAGUCGUUCCAGACUUUUCUCCAAGUGAUUCUAAUUCCUCCACCUCCACCACAGAAUCUGCUUCUACUUCUGCUUCUUCUUCUUCCGCUUCUGAAUCCACCAAGGUUUCUACAACUGUUUCCACCACCGAAUCCACCAAGGCUUCCACCUCCACAUCCGCUUCCACUGCUAGUUCUGGCGCUGCUUCUGUCAUCUCUCAAAUUACCGAUGGCCAAAUCCAAGCUCCAAAAACCGUUUCUCAACAAACUGAAAAUGGUGCCGUCAAGGCUGCCGUCGGAAUGGGUGCUGGUGCUUUAGCUGCUGCCGCCGCUAUGCUGCUAUAA